GUUGGUUAUGUUUAGUGGAAAAUUACUCUUUAACAGUUAUUCAAAAGGGAACGAAAUUAAAUUGUUUUUAUUUACCCAAUUUAAGUCUUCCAUUUAAAGAAAAAUUAAAAGAGUUUCCACUCUGGACUAAAGCGUGUAUUAAAUAUACAACUUCACGUGCUUCUUCGUCUUACAUUGAAGAAAAUUUUAAGGACUUGAAAAUGAUGUUGCAUAAGCAAAUUUCUCUUCCAUCUCGGGUUGAUAUUUUCAUGAAAGCUCAUCUUAAGAUCCUUAUUGGUGGUAUAAAAAUAUUCCAAGCAAAAUUAGCUAAAUUUAUGGAUGAAAUGGCUAACAUUCAAACUAAUUUAGAUGACGAUGACGUGGGAAGUGAAAAUAUUGACGAAAAAUUUCAAAAUGAGUCUUGCUACGAAAACUGGAUGGGAUUUGGAAAAGACCCAAAACAUCAAAAAUUCAAUUGGGUUAAUUCUGAUAACUCUUCUAAGAUUAAUAAAAAUAAUGAAAAUUUAAAGGAUGAAAACUUAAAUGAUGAAAACUUAAAUGAUGAAAAUUUAAAUGAUGAAGAUUUGAAUUAUCAGAGUAUCUCUGAAACAAAUGAAAAUAAUUUAGAUAUGUCAGACACCAAAGAAAGUAGUAUCAUAACAUCAAAUUUAAAUGAUUCUAUUGCUAAAGACCAUAGUUAUCAUUUGUCAAGUUCACCGUUAGUGGAAAUAAAAAUAGAAAAAUUAGAUCCUGUUAUCAUUAAUCAAGAAAAAAAAAACAAACACGAGGGUAAAUACUUCAAACCUUGUCCUGAUAUAAAACUUAUAAAUGAUGGAAUUGUUAAAAAAAUUGAAUCAGGAAAAAAAGGCAACAAUAUAAUUAUACGAAAAAAUACUAAAAUAAUAAGAAAUCUUUUAUUGAACGGGAAUGUAUCUGGUCCAAUAAAAAUCGGUAAUGAUAGCUGGUUCGCAUUUAAUACAUGCCCGUUCGAUAGUAUUGCUCAACUAAUAUAUAGUGCUGCUUUGGAAAAUCCAAAAUUUUUCAAUUUUUAAAAUCUCUCAAAACAAGACAUUUUUAUUCGUUGCUGACUUUUGUCUACUGGUUUAAUGCAAGAAACUUGUACAACUAUUUAUUCAAAGAGAUUUGAAAUUUUAUACCCUCUCUAUAAAGAUAGUGAUGUAAAUGAAACACAUAUCAUAAAUUGUUUUGAUAACGUAAAUCCUUUAUGGCAAAAACUGUUUCACGACGAGCCAAGUGUCUUUGAAGUUUAUUUAUGUUUGUCUCCUAGUUGUGAAGGCUAUAAAAGAAAUGCUCAAAAUCUGGCGGUAAAUUAUAACAAACUGGUUGAUCCUAUUCUUAAAUCCCUUGAGAAGUCGAUCAUCUUUGAAGGUAUUAGUAAAGGGUUAUACUGUCAUAAAUGUAAGCAAAAUAAUUAAAUCUGUACAAGAACGCUAAAUGCAUACGUUUAUAUUGAGUUGGAUGUACCUAUCGCAGGUACUCAUCAAUCAAAAGAUAUAAAUUAAAAAUUUUCCAAAACAUAAAAAUCUACUAGAAAAAAAUUUACUAGGUGAACAGAAACAACUGAACUAUCGUUUAUCCGGAGUGAUAGGGUAUCAAGAUAAGCAUUACAUAGCCUAUUGCCAAAACUUAUCUGGGUCAUGGCAAUAUUUUAAUGACAGUUUGGCACCACCCAAAGGAAUAAAUUCAUCUAUUGAUGUUACUCCCCACGGGGUGCUAUACAUACUAAAUCCAAAUUCGGCAUAGGUUUAAGAAAUUAAUAAUGUGCAAAGACUAACUAGUCGAUUUUUAAUUAUUUAAUUAACUACUUUCAGUACUUAUAAAAAAUAAACAUUUUAUUGAUCAAAUACAGUUUUACGAUAACUUCAACAAAUUUUCAAUUGUGAAAAAAAUUCAUUCUUGUAAUAAUUUAAUUAAUAAAUUAUAACAAUUAAUCAAAAA